GUGCUCCACAACAACUUGGUUUCAAUCUGAAAACAUUCUGGAAUUGAUCCAAAUUGUUGCACCUCAUCUUCAAAUAUACCAGUUCUGUUUUUAUCUGAUCCUAAGAUUUCUAUCUGUAAAAUCCUCAACUUGAUCCAAAUUCUUGCACCUCAUCCUCAAAUAUAAUUCUUCACCAAUUCUGUUAUCCACUUAUCCGACCCCAAAAUUUGAAUUCAGAACACUUAAUCUCGAAUUAAUCAUCCAAAUUGUUACACCCAUAACAUAAAUAACAACCUCGUACCAACCAAUUCUGUUUUAAUCCAAUCUUAAAUAAUGUACUACAAAGUAGCAAGUGCAUCCGAAUAUCUAGUCAUAACCGGAGUAGGAAUCGGCGACAUAAAACUAGCCAAGAAAGCAUGGGUGGUGCCCGGCCAAUCGUGCACAAAAUUCGACAUUUCUCCGGUCAAUUACACGUUCGAGGUGCAAGCCAUGAGCUCGGAAAAACUCCCAUUCAUCUUACCAGCUGUAUUCACAAUAGGGCCUAGGGCAGAUGACCAUGACUCAUUAGUUAAGUACGCAAAACUUAUCGCACCACACGACAAGCUAUCGCACCAUGUCGAGGAGCUCGUGCAGGGUGUGAUCGAGGGCGAGACUCGAGUACUUGCGGCUUCUAUGACUAUGGAGGAAGUUUUUAGUGGUGCAAAGAAGUUUAAGCAAGAAGUUUUUGAUAAAGUUCAGCUAGAACUUGAUCAAUUUGGGCUUGUUAUUUAUAAUGCUAAUAUUAAACAAUUGGUGGAUAUUCCUGGUCAUGAGUAUUUCUCUUAUUUGGGACAAAAGACUCAAAUGGAAGCUGCCAAUCAGGCAAAAAUAGAUGUAGCAGAAGCAAGAAAAAAGGGAGAAAUAGGAGCAAAGUUAAGAGAAGGAGAGACAUUACAAAAUGCAUCAAAAAUAGAUGCAGAAACAAAGAUAAUAUCAGUUCAAAGAACAGGACAAGCCAAAAAAGAAGAGAUUAAAAUUGGAGCAGAAGUUCAAAUUUAUGAGAAUGGUAGGAUUGCUGAAGUAGCUGAAGCUAAUGCUGAAUUAGCCAUGAAAAAAGCUGGCUGGACUAAAGAUGCUCAAGUUGCUCAAGUUGAAGCUGAUAAAGCUGUUAAAUUAAGAGAAGCUGAAUUGCAAAGAGAGGUUGAGAGGAUGAAUGCUAUGACUCAAACUGAGAAGUUGAAGGCUGAGUUUUUGAGUAAAGCUAGCGUGGAGUAUGAGACUAAGGUACAAGAAGCAAAUUGGGAGUUAUACCAACAACAAAAAUCAGCAGAAGCAACACUAUUUAAGAAAGAAAAAGAAGCAGCUGCACAAAAAGCACUUGCUGAAGCAUCAUUUUACACAAGACAACAAGCAGCUGAUGCUGAUCUUUAUGCCAAGAAAAAGGAGGCUGAAGGAAUAUUAGCCCUAGCUCAAGCACAAGGAACAUACAUACGUACUUUAUUAGAAGCACUUGGUGGCAAUUAUGGUGCACUUAGGGAUUAUAUGAUGAUUAAUAAUGGCAUGUUUCAAGACAUUGCUAAGACUAAUGCUGAAGCAAUCAAGGGGUUGCAACCUAAGAUUAGUGUUUGGACGAGUGGUGGUGGUGGUGGUGGUGCUGAUGGCGGUUCGGCUAUGGCUGAGGUUGCUAAUGUGUAUCGGAGUUUGCCACCUUUGUUUAAGACGGUUCAAGAGCAAACGGGGAUGGUUCCUCCUACUUGGUUGGGUACCCUUAAGGAUAAUGGCCAUUGACGUUCAUUUGAUUAGGGUGUCUAUUCUGAAUUAGUUGCAUUUUUGAUGGUGGCACAAAAACUAAGAAAAAUGAUCAUUUUCAAUGUAUUUUUGUCUUUUUUGUCUUCUUUUGAACGAUAUGUGAAAAAGUAAUAACGUGACGAGUGAAAAUAAAGUAAGCGUAAAAUUAAGAAUUAUUAAAUUGAUUUUUUCCAAAAAUGAAAAUACUACAAGUAAGUGAAACAACCAAAAAAAAUAAUAAGUACAAGUAUUAUAUGAAACUGAGGAAGUAUAAGCAUGAAAAUCUAUGUUAUUUGUUUGUUGGGUGUAUGUUAAUGUAAAAGUGUAUUGUUGAUAUAUGGUGUGCUCAUAGUAUGAAAGUUUUUUGUUCA